UUUUCACCCACGUGGCGCGGCUGAUGUGAGAAGAGGACAACGUGCUUACACCCAUCCAUCCACCAUCCAUCCAUCCAUCCAUCCAUCCACGCGUCCAUCCGCACACACAUCCGUACUCACGCAUCCAUCAGAUCGCCUCUGCAGCAGCAGCAGCCCACACACACGCACACACGCACACACACAAGGCGGACGGUUCAUCAUGGAUCCCAGCAUGCAGGGCGUGUUCCAAAUGACAGAGGACAUGGCUUCUCAACAGGCACAGGCCAUGGAAGCCGCGCAGCAAUACAUUCUGUGUUGCGAGUGCGGUAUGCAGAUCACACCAAACCCAGCGCGCAUGUGCGUGAGCUGCAUUCGGUCGCGCGUGGACAUUACAGAUGGCAUCCCCAAGUCGGUGGCUCUGUUCCACUGCAAAGGGUGCGGCCGGUACUCCAACCCGCCCAAGGGCUGGCUCGUGGCGCAGCUCGAGUCGAGAGAGCUGCUGAGCCUCUGUCUGCGCAAGCUCACGGGCCUGAGCAAGGUGCGUCUGGUGGACGCCGGGUUUAUCUGGACAGAGCCGCACUCGAAGCGGGUCAAGGUGCGGCUGGUGAUCCAGAAGGAGGUGCUCUCCGAUGUCAUCCUGCAGCAGGAGUUUAUCGUCGAAUUUGUGGUGCGCAACGAGUUUUGCUCGGACUGCCACCGCAUCGAGGCCAAGGACACGUGGAACGCCGUCGUGCAGGUGAGGCAGAAGGUGCCGCACAAGAAGACGUUUUACCACCUGGAGCAGAUUAUCAUCAAGCACAAGGCCCACGCCAAGACCACACGCAUCUCCAGCGUCUCAGAUGGCGUUGAUUUCUUCUUUGGGUCGAGCCACGACGCCCGGCGCUUUGUCAACUUCCUCGAGUCUGUUGUUCCCAUCCGCACAAAGACCUCGCAGCGGCUCAUCUCCCAGGACUUCAACUCAAACACGUACAACUUCAAGUACACGUACAGCGUGGAGAUCAUUCCCGUGUGCAAGAACGACAUUGUGUGCAUGUCCCCGCAAGUUUCCCACAGGGAGGGCCACAUCAGCCCCGUGUGUCUGUGCACGCAAGUUGGCACAGUCCUGCACUUUAUCGAUCCGUUCACGUUGCAGAUUGCACAUGUGCGCAAUGCGCUGUUCUGGCAGCACCCAUUCAAUGCAAUUGCAUCACACGGCUCACUGAUUGAGUUUAUUGUCAUGGACGUGGAGCCCGUGUACGACGAGCACCACAACGAAGUCACCAAUGGAAAGUUCUUGUUGGUGAACGUUGUCGUUGUGCGCGCGAACGAGCUGGAGACGGGUGGACAGGAGUUUCAGACGCGCAGCCACCUUGGCCACAUCCUGCGCUACGGCGAUACAGUGCUUGGGUUUGAUUUCACGACUGCGAAUGUCAACGACGAGUACUUCAACCGGCUUGACACCUCAAACUUCCCCGACGUGAUUCUCGUGCGGAAGAGCCAUGCCGAGCGCCGCAAGCGCCGCCGCGGCCGCAACUUCAAGCUCAAGUACCUCGCCAAGGAAGAAGAUGGUGCGGGAGAUGGAUGGAAUGGACAUUGGGAACGACGACGACGACGACGACGACGGUGCUGCUGAUGCCGCCGCACAACAAGAAGGAGAACAGCAGCAGCAGCCACAACAGAUGCCCAUGCAGUGAUGCUGGUUGAGCCCAACCCCCUGUCCUUACCCUCAAUGGCCCGGAGCUGCCACCUCCUGUUCCCUCCUGUCUCCUUAUACGCGCUGCGUGUAUGUGUGUGUGUAUAUGUGUGUUUACAUCUCCCUCUGGUAUUCUCGUUGACCUUUGCUCGGGUCCUCACUGUCACCGUGGUUGUCUGAUUCGCGUGCCGAGUGUUUGUUCAUUGUUCAUCAGCGAGAGUCACGCGCUCCUUGCCACUGGUUCGAGUCGUGGUGUGGUCUCUCGAGUGCGUGUUCUGUGUUGUUGCGCUCCGCUUUGAUUGUUUCAGUCGAUUAUUCAUUCGCAAUACAAACCCUCCUAAUG